AUGUCUGGAGCCCCAAAGAAAGGACCAUCUAUGACUUCAGCACGGCCCUCGCCGUCCGCCCACGGCACUGAGCCCGAAAUCAACGACGACCAGCUCCAACGUGACAAGCUGCAACGAAGGAAGGAUCACUGGGUAGCGACCUUGAAAUACGCCGACAAGAAAUAUUCCGAACUCGUCGCUUUCGACCCGAAGACCCCCAAGCAAGACAUAACUCGCAUCUUGGAUUCCGAUAAGGGAUUGGCCAUGGUCUCACAGCUCCCCGAGUUAGGGGGGGAUCCUGGUGAUCGAACUCCUGGCAAAGUCCAGGUGGCGCCCCUGAGCAGCGACGCUAUGAAACGCCUCGAAAGAAGUCAUCAAUUUCGAACCAUUACCGUCGAGUAUGGCAAUGAAGGCGACCGCGAGGCCUCACUUCUGGUUCCGCGCAAGUCCGCCGCUCCUGGCGCUGUGGGACAUCCCCGACAAUCCAGAAACCCCGGUAGGACAAGCUAG